CCAGGGCAUCUUUGAGCUCGCGCAGUAGACACCAUGAGCAAAGCUCACCCUCCCGAGUUGAAAAAAUUUAUGGACAAGAAAUUGUCAUUGAAAUUAAAUGGUGGCAGACAUGUCCAAGGAAUAUUGCGGGGGUUCGAUCCAUUUAUGAAUCUUGUGAUAGAUGAAUGUGUGGAGAUGGCAACUAGUGGGCAACAGAACAAUAUUGGAAUGGUGGUAAUACGAAGAAAUAGUAUCAUCAUGUUAGAAGCCUUGGAGCGAGUAUAAACAAUGGGUGUGUUCAUCAGAAGAAAUCAACUGCUUCCACAUGUCCCCUCCAUAGUACCUGUUUUACUAUAAUAUAAAAAUCAGGUCGUGUGCAUUUUCAUAUUGAACUUUUUUGUUAAAUAAACUUUUAUAAUAGAAAAAAA